AUGGCUCAUUUGCACCCUCUGGGGCGCGAAUUUACUGACCGUAAUCUCCGUGGUUCGAACCCGACCUCUGCCUCUCGGCUUCCCCUGUCUAGGCUUGGGCAACUUGACAGUAUCCCAGCCCUCGUCCUUCCUUUGGGCGUUAUUGAAACUAAGCAUCGGAAGGGUGUUACAACUGAACGAUUUUUUGCACCCUUUAAUCCAACUAUAUUCACGAAUUGCUCAGACACUGUUGCUAUGCUACCCGAAGAAAGAACGAGGAGUGAUCCCGUCGAUGACAUUUUCAACACGAUGGUCAUGUACGCUUACCCAGAUCCUGGAAUGCGAUUCACAACAAGACCGAAAGUCCUUCUCUACUUUGACAUCGUUUCUCCCUAUUCGUGGAUUGGCUUUGAGACAGCCUGCCGCUAUUCGCAACGAUGGCCCGUCAACUUCAGGUUCGUUCCAGCUUACCUAGGAGGAAUAAUGCACGAAUCGGGCAACAAGCCCCCAGGGAUGGUUCCCGCUCGUGGUCGCUACAUGGUUAAGGAUCUUGCUCGAUUGGCCAGUCACUAUCAGAUCCCAUUGAAAUGGAAUGACAAUGUGAUCACUGCAAUGUUCGAUAAACGAACCGUGGACGCUCAACGGCUACUGAUAGCUGUGGCGCUUGAUUCCACAGAUACUUUAUCACAGUCGAGCAGACCCGAGUCAGUCGUCAGCGCUCCACCAGGAAGUCUGUUAGAGACGGUGGCUCGAAAUCUAUGGUUACGCAUCUGGUCUACCGGUGAAGACAUCACAACUACCGAUAGUCAUCGGGUAGUAUUACAAACUGCCUUGCCGGACAAACCAAGCGAAUGGGUGGACAGCGUUUUACAGAAAGCUUCUUCAACUGUUGUCAAGGAUUUACUGAAAUCAAAUACGAAAGCUGCGCUAGAUCUUGGAGCAUUCGGACUGCCCACUUUUGAUGUCCAAGUUGAAGGCGAAAGUCAUAUGGUCUUUGGAUCCGACCGAUUCCACAUCAUUGCUGAUUUAGUCGGUGAACAAUAUCACGGUCCACUGAAUGAACUAUCAGCUUUCCGGAAACAAAACCCAUCAUUAAAUGGAAAUUGAUUCAAUGUGCUCAAGAAAAACAAUCGAGGAAACUAGUGAUUUCCUGUGGUACAAGCUUUGGUAGUAUCUUUUCUGACAAAAUACACUUUGCGUAUAAAUUGACUUGAAAGGGUUUUUAGACAUCACAUGAGCGAUUGGACGGAUCUAUUACGUUUUCUUCACUGUGCCCUGCGUUUUUUCUCUUUGCGGCCUGAAGAUCCAUGAUGUGUAGCUGAACCAAAUCCAGCCUCGUUGCUUGUGCCAGUGGCUCUGUUCCCAUCAUCCGUGACUCUGCGCUUACCCGAACCCGACGGUUUCUUUCGAUCACCGAACAACGAUACGGAUGACAACAACUGACAAAUGGAGAGAGACAAUCGACAUUAAUUUUACGAACAUUUGAUUUGUAGUAUCAACGGUCACACUUAUUUUGUUCAUAAGUGAGCUGCAAUUUUAAAGACACAACGGUAAUGAGGUGCUCGAUUGUUCGAGUCUAUAUAAAUUUAAUCCCAUGGUUGUGAGUGGAUUCCAAAUAUAGACAGUUUGA